AUGCAUGAUCAGAUCAACACGACUGAGGUUAAACAGUCAACUCACAAAGGUCACAGUCCACCGCUCAGAGCACUCUCUAACGUAAGUGUCGAAGAAAAUGACUCUUAUUUACAGAAAUUUCACUUUGUUGGUGGCUUGGACUGUCCGGAUUGGAUUUUGGCUGAAGUAGCUUCGUUAUCCAAACUUCCUGUAUUGAAAUUCAAACAUUGGUGCUUAAGUUGCGUGGAAUGUUUGAUUGAAGGUAGAACUGAGUGGAAUGAUGUGCAUUUGUCAGUUCUGAAUGUAGAUCAAAAUCUUGAUGACGAGUCUGUAAAAAGAAUGUUAGCAGCGCUUGUUUUUAUUCUGGAAAAGUCUACAAAAAAUUUAUGUUCAGCUCAAGAUCUUGAAUUGGAAAUGCAGCAGCUGGAGCAUUGCAAACAACUAACUAAGAUUUAUGCCUUAAAUUUGGAAAAGCUGAAAAAUGUUUUGUUGUCGAGUUUUCGUCGCAUGCCAUCUCUAACUGUCACAUCGUUGGAUUCCACAGAAAAAGGAAUCAAAAAGGUAACUGGAGACAUUUUUGGUCUUGUUUCAGAACUCUCACAAGCUAUGGAUGUCAUGCGACCAUUUGUUCGAAAUGUCGUUGGUAAUACUCACUGA